CGUGCACGUCCACUGAACCACUGAGAGAGCGGCUUGCGCGCGCGCGCAUCUUCAACGUCAGCCGUUCAUUGAGGAGCCGUUCACCCCCCAACAUAUGCACCCGCAAAAGCCACAUUCAGUUCACGUGCUAGCAGAUUUUUAAGGCAUUUUAAUUCAUCGACAGGACUCUAAUAAAUUCACAUUUCAGCUAGCAUCACCUUUACGCAGCGUCAUCCCAACGACCACCAGGAGCACAGCGACGCCCAUAGCAACCCUCAUCCUGCGCAUCCUCAAUCUGCUCUCUGACCCAGCAACACCGGCCGACAUCAAACCGGUUAUUUUUACACCACUUUUCUAAUGUUAUUGCUCUAGAUCCAUCACCCAUCAAUCUUUUUAUUAUUUAAAAGGACAAUGAAUGCGUCGCGUGCAGUCCUUCUCUCAUCCGUCAAAGUAGUCACUCCUCAUUGCAAACUUCCCUUCUUAAGCUGAAACAUAGAGGGAUCAUCCUCCCUUGAAGUCACCAAAACGUUCUGGCCUAUUAAGGACCUGGCAGCGGCACGGCAGCUCCGCCCACCACACCCUCUAAAUGAGGGACAAGGCAACCCAGACCCCUAGGGCCUGGGUAGAUGAGCGGAGGAGAGGCUCUCAUAAGCGAUCGGCUUCGUGCGGUAGCACCGAUCAGCUUAAAGAGAUUGCAAAAUUGCGACAGCAGCUCCAGCGCAGCAAACGCAGCAGCCGUCAUCGCCGUGACAAAGACCGCAAGUCACCCUUUAAUGGCAACCAUGCUAUCAUCCAAUCACAGUCUCAGAUGCCUAAAACCAUCCUGAUCCCGAUCUCAAUCUCCAAAUCCACACCUCCCAGAUUUCGCAACAGCAUUGAAGGCCUCAACCAAGAGAUCGAACGCAUCAUCAUACGGGACACGGUCGAACGGGAUGAAAUCAUAAUACCACAGGAUGUUCCUGAUGGGCACCGAGCCCCCCCUCCCAUCCCCCAGCGCAGCAGCAGCACCCGCAGCAUCGACACGCAGACGCCCUCCAACGGUGGGCUUGGCAGUAACCGUAGCAACAGCAGCAGCCGAGCUGACUCAGUCUCACCCUCGUACCUUAGCAUCCUCAAUGACACAUUUGGAAACAGUCCUCUCCCAAAUGAUGACACACUUAAUGAAAGAGAACUCGGACCUUGGUCUCCUCUUCCUAAAUAUGCUUCAUCGCCGAAGCCCAACAACAGCUACAUGUUCAAACGUGAGCCACCUGAAGGCUGCGAGAGGAUUAAAGCCUUUGAGGAAAACCAGCCAAAACCUCUCCACGAGAUCCCCCCAUAUCUCUGCCCAGACAGGAACAAGGUGAACUUCAUUCCCAAAAGCGGCUCCGCAUUCUGCCUGGUGAGCAUCUUAAAGCCCUUGCUGCCCACCCAGGAGCUGAACUUCCGUAGUGGGAUGGCAUAUCGCAGUAUCUCCCCCUCCCUGAUGCCUCUGAGUGGGGUCGGGGUGAGGAGUCUGUCCCCCUCCAUGGGAAGCGUCCUCUCCCACGGACGUCAGUCGCCAUGUCUUCCGCGACACAUUGAGGAGCCAGAGGGUUAAAGAGGGUCUUAACCGAACAGAGAAAUCCCAAAUUUCAGUGACGUAUUUUCAACAUUCAUUUAUUGAAAAACAUGCGGUGAUCUUAAGAGAGUCGAGAGAGAUGGCGAUUUGAACCUCGAAGAGGAAGAGCAUUUGUUAAUGAUGGUAAUGGUAUUACGUCUUCUAGCAGAAUUGUAUAUUGCCAAAAAAAUUCGCAUUGCACUGCUUUUUACUUUCUUAGCAGUUUGUUGCAUUUUACCAUGAAGCCUUUAGGAUUUACUUAUGUACAGAUGCAUCUUUUACUUAAAUGUGUGAUUUGAUUUAGUGGUGAAAUGGAUAUAGAUCAGUUUUACAUGCAGUUCAAAUAGCACUGGAGGUACAAACAGGAAUGUUGUAGCAAUUUGAGGACGACUAACAAAUGUGCCUGAAUCCCAUCAUUCCGUUUGCUUAAAGUCCUUUUUUUAUCAUCGUCUCAUCUGUAGCUACGUUCGUCUCGACCCCUAAAUGUAUAGAACCCCCCAUAUACAUAACUCUGUAUGUGCUUUAUGUAAAAUGUUGGCGUGCGACACAAUUUGAAGGUGCAUGUCACACUGGACAUUAUCAUGAAGAUGUACUGAACAGUUUUACAAUGCAAUGAUGCAAAAUCUAUAAUUCAAAUAGAAUGAAGGAAAAGUAGGGUUGGAGGAUCAAAUCUUUCUCAAAUACAAUGAUUAUGUAUGAGGUAACAGAAAUGCUUUAAGGGUGCCAUAGAAUGUACAUGGUAAUGACAUAUCGUGAACCUCAAUCACGAUUGUUUCCACCUUCUUACGUAAUCCAUGUGCAUGCAAAAAAACGCAAAAAUAAGGCCAAUCUAAACAUAACAACAACGGUGACGUUACAGUUGGGAUGUACGCCCCAAUAUUUAAUUAAUUGCAAUGUUGUUACAAUGCAAAAUAAAGUUGUGACUAAUGAGUUAGCGCUAUAUGCUAACGUUUAGCCUAAAGUUCUACUAUUGACGUUACAGUUACGUUUUGAAGGUCAUACUGAAAAAAACACAAACUUACAACUCAGAAACAUCCAUUUCCAAUCUCCAAACAAUUGGUUGAUCUGUAUCUUCAUUUAAAUGUGCAGUGUGUAAAUUUUAGCGCAUCUAGUGGUGAGGUUGCGAAUUGCAACCAACGGCUUAGUCCACUGCUCACCCCUCACUUUUGAAACACAUAGAGAAGCUACGGUAGCCACCACCGGACAAACAUGUCAUCGUCGGAGACAACUUAGUAAAAAAAUUGUCCGUUUGUAGAAAAAUGGCGGCACAAAAUGGCGACUUACAUGUAAGGGGACCCUCGAUGUACGUAGAUAAAAAGGUCUCAUUCUAAGGUAAUAAACACAUAACGUUUCAUUAUGAAAGGUCUUUAUACACCCCUGAUAAUAUAGUUUUGUAUAUUAUAUCACAUUUCUGUCAAGAGAUCCUUCUAAAAAUUACACACUGCACCUUUAAAACAGGCUCAAACAUAUAGGGGCGGUUUGCAUGUUUCAGCUACUUUAAUUUCAACACACCUUGUACUGACAUAUUUGAACAUAUAUCAGUGCCAUUGUUUUUUGUAAGGUUUGUUUGUAAAAACCUCUUAAAUGUCCUAAAAUAACUAAGGCCUAGUCCUGGAGUAAUCUAAACCCUGUCCGGGAAACCAUCCAAUAUGGUCUGUUUACUUAAUAUGAGCUACUAACAUGAACCUCGCUGUGAAACAGCCAAUCGGAGCAGAGCUCAACAUUAUUAUUUAUGACCUUUCCAAAUAAGGUAAUAACAGCCCGUUUCAUUCUAGGGACAAAUCCUAGGGUUGAUGAAUAAUGUUUGCACUUAAAAAAGUUACAUAUUGCAUCAAUGCAUUCUCUGGCACCUUUAAAAACAGCAAGAGAGAGCUAAAGGGAAAGCAUGGCUUUAGCUAACAUACAGAUUUGAACCGUAGCAUCUUUAUACUGUGAAAUAUCCACUGGUCAUACAGUAAAACGUAUUCUUUAAAACGAAUCAACUAGUUGAAGCAAGGAGGAAAACAGGCAAAAUGUAUGUAAUUGCCUUAAAUCUAGAAAAAUGUUUGUAAAUUAAACAGGUGGCUGAUGUUGA